GUGUGAUAAGAGAGUGAAGACCUAGUUUACAAAUAGAGGAAAUUCAAUCUUAUAGAAAUAUUUUCAUAUAAGUAUGUAUACUGCGCAGAUGACUGCACUGAAAUAUAUCAUUUUGUUUUGUAUGUUUUGUGGAAGUUUCGGAAUAGAGAAACAUGACAGCUACACCAAAUUACUUAAUCGGAUAGAAGCUUUGGAGCAAGAGCAAAGGGACAGUCGCUUGAAAGUUGAACGUCUUGAGCAUUCGGUGAACUUCCAGUCUAAGGUUAUACAAUCACAGGCAAGGCAAAUAAAGUUGAUCAAUGAAGAACUUUUCAAAACCAACAAAUUAUUACAACAGUCAAACCGCAUGUCAACAUCAAACAAUAGGAAAAUAACAAUACUGAGACAACUUUUGUUUCAAGAAGCUCAGAGUAAACACAAUCAGAAGACUGAUGGUUCAGUAUCAGGCAUGGGAUCUUUACCAAAACAAAAGGAGCAGAAGACUCAGGGUGAAGAUUUUGUAGACGUGCAACGUCCGAGAAGUCAAGCCUGGUUAAAGAAACGGGGAGCUCCAACCGGUGACAGUUCACUUAUAAAGAGACAAGAACGGGCUGGAAUUUCAUUUUCUGUUUACCUCGACCAUGACCUUACCUUAGGACCCCACCAGACCGUGAAGUUCAAUCAGGUUAUUAUUAAUGAUGGCAAUGGAUAUAACACUAACACAGGUGUUUUCACCUGUCUAGAAGCAGGGGUGUAUAUGUUCUCUUUCUUUAUUGGCCAAAGAAGUGAAACAGACGGUGUUACAGCGGCAUAUGCAGAGCUAGUGAUAAAUAGCCAAAAUAUGGUAGAUGCUGUUGUUGAAACAUAUCACCAGUACCAAGACCUUCAGGGUGGAAACACGGUCAUCCAACGUUUGAAACAAGGAGAUGUUGUAUGGGUUGGUUUAAUGUUAAGUGGACAUGCACAUAUCGAAGGGAGUGGAAGCUUGAGAAUUUCUACUUUUUCUGGAGUUUACCUGUAUCAAUAAACUUCGCGUUUCAAUAA